ACACCGGAUCUAUUUUCUGACAGUCGCUAUUGGUCGAUACAAAAAAUACGGACUUCUAGCAACUGAAACUGAACUAAAUGUGUUAGAACCAUGGAGAAGAUUGUAUGUGAUGUCCACGGUAGCGUGUGUAUGUUAAAAACUGGCGUAAAAGAUGGCCCAAGUAAAGACAAAAGCUUCUACGUAUGCGUUGAUAAGCAAGGCUGUGAUUUCAGUCAGCUGGCCAGCAUCUCCCCGUCCCACUGCCUCCAUCAUGAAGAUUCAGUGGUAGAGCUCCAAGCGCUCUCCUACAAUCAACAACAGCAGAGCUACAGGUUGUUUUACCGGUGUGUUACAGGGAAAAAAUCAGGCCAGAAAUGGUGUGGCAACGUGCCUUGGACUGCACCACAGAAAGAAAAGACAAACCCUCUAUUUGACACACAGCUACAGCCCUCUAGCCUGCUGCCUGUCCGAAACCCCUUCAAGGUUCCUGGCAAGACCGACAAGCACUCUGAAUGGAGAAGGAUACAGUGUGGCAGUGAUGAGAAAGACAUUGAGGAAAGUCCUAAGGCUGAAGGAAGAGAAAAUUAUCAAAAAGAAAAUACGGAAGGCAUAGGUGCAGGAGUGAAAGAAGAGGAGGGAGGAAAGCUGAAUUCAUCAGACACAUACCGAGGUAAACAACUACCACCAGGGAUGAAACUGAAGAAGAAGGUUUCAGAUGAGGAGCAAAAGAGUCCCAAAGCUAACAGUGUGGAAAAAGUGACAGAUAAGGUGAAACACAAGACUAAGGAGAACCUUGCCAAGCCAGAAGAAGCAGGAAAAACGGCUUCUUCCUCAGGUGUCAAGGCUGUUCAUCCUGAAAAAAUAAAUCAAACCUCUACGGAUCCUCACAAGGACAUAACCCAGAAACUGACCAAUGGCACAACCUGUUUGGUGGAACAAACUACAGAAGAGACCGUCUCUAAAUCCUCACCCAGUCGUGGCAGUCAAGCUUCAAGAGAUUCUGAUAAUGCCAGGGACCCCACGUCUCACACACCAACACAAUCCACAGAGUCCUCUCAAACCAAAAACCACCAAGACAGUGAUGAUGAUGAUUUAGUGGUGGUGUCAGUGAAACCUGCUACCCAGAAAACGCCUCCUGUUUCUGCUGUCCAAAAGACCCUGACCACCUUCCCCGGGUUCCAGCUAGCUUCUAAGGUCCCACGUCAGCAGGAAGAUCCCAAAGGGCUGCGCAACAUGCUCUCUAUGCAACUUCAGCAGAAGAAGGCCACACUGUCUGUGGUGAAUGUUGCAGCCCUGCCCGAUAAAGGGGAGAGGCUGAGGACUCAGGUCAAAGAGCUGGAGGAAGCGCUGGAGUCUCUGAGCCUCGCUGCUGCUUCUCAGCCAGAGUCCCAGCUUAGACGUGAUGGUACUGAUGCUAGUCCAAGUAGCAGGCAGGUUAACCCAUUCAGCCGGCCGGGCGGCACCAUCAUGCUCCCUGUCCCCCCUGCCCCAGGUCCCUCCCAACUCCAGGCCUCCAGCAGCUCCCUGGGGCUCCAGAUGAGCCAGGGAUACAGCAAGAUGUAUGGAGCAAACCCACCAGUCCAGGCCUUUUAUGGCGGCAGGAUGACUGAGGACCGUCUGCUGGCAGUCAAAAAUGCCACCUGCGAGGCCAUCGACCAUCUCCACAAGUCUCUGGAGUCCUGCCCCGAUGCUGAGUCUGAGGCUCCAGACCCCAAGGGCAUCAAGGUGUCACUUCUGGCCCAUCAGAGGAGAGCUUUGACUUGGCUGCUCUGGAGAGAAACCCAGAAUCCAUGUGGAGGAAUUCUGGCGGACGACAUGGGCUUGGGGAAGACCCUGACCAUGAUUUCUCUCAUAUUGACCAAGAAAAAUAAGGAAAAAGAGGAAGAUGAAAACAAAGAAGAGAAAAGCUGGAUUUCCAAAAAUGACUCCAGCCUUGUGGUUUCUAACGGCACUCUGAUCAUCUGUCCUGCCUCCCUGGUCCAUCACUGGAAGCGGGAAAUUGACAGACAUGUCAAGAAAGCCAAACUGACUGUGUGCCUGUACCACGGUCCCAACCGUGAGAAAAGUGCUAAAGUGCUUGCGGAUUAUGAUGUGGUGGUGACCACAUACAGUUUGGUCUCUAAAGAGAUCCCAGUGCAGAAGGAGAAGGCUGAGAAACCCAGCAAAGAUACUGAUGAAGUGCCACCACGAUCAUCUCCUCUGCUGCGAGUGACUUGGGCCCGGGUGGUUCUGGAUGAAGCCCACAACAUCAAAAACCCCAAAGUGCAGACCUCCAUGGCUGUGUGUCAGCUGAGGGCUCAUGCCCGCUGGGCUGUCACUGGCACUCCCAUCCAGAACAACCUGCUCGACAUGUACUCACUGCUCAAGUUUCUGCGUUGUUCUCCAUUUGAUGAGUACAAACUGUGGAAAGCUCAGGUGGACAACGGUUCCAAGAGAGGCAGAGAAAGACUCAACAUCCUGACUAGGAAUCUUCUGCUGCGGCGAACCAAAGACGAGCGGGACUCAUCAGGAAGACCACUGGUGUCUCUUCCUGAUCGGACCUGCGAGGUUCAUCGACUCAAGCUGUCCCAGGAUGAACAGGCUGUGUAUGAUGUGGUCUUUGCCCAGUCCAGAUCUACUCUGCAGAACUACCUGAAGAGACAUGAAGGAAAUGAUGUGAACAAGGGAAACUCUUCCCGUUCCAAUCCUUUUAACAAAGUGGCCCAAGAAUUUGGUAUGUCCCAGGCUGAUGUUGCUGUGUCGAGUUCCCAGCAGCCCCAACAGGCAUCCAGCACUGUCCACAUCCUGUCUCUGUUGCUGCGCCUCCGACAGUGCUGCUGUCACCUGUCGCUUCUUAAAAAGACUCUUGACUCGUCGGAGCUGCAGGCUGAUGGUAUUGUUUUGUCUCUGGAGGAGCAGCUCAAUGCUCUGUCUCUCACCUCUAGCCCCUCGCCUUCAGGUCCUGACCCAAAAGACACUGUGGCCCUCAAUGGCACCCGAUUCCCCUCACAGCUCUUUGAGGAGACCAGUGAGAGCAGCAAGAUUUCUGCUAUUAUCUCUGAGCUGAAGGCAAUCAGACAGAAGAGUUCAGAUCAGAAAAGUGUGGUCGUGUCCCAGUGGACCAGCAUGCUGCGCAUUGUAUCUGUUCAUCUGCAGCGGAUUGGUCUGAGUUAUGGUAUGAUUGAUGGGUCUGUCAACCCCAAACAACGCAUGGACCUGGUGGAAGAAUUCAACACUAACCCUAAAGGACCGCAGGUGAUGCUGGUUUCUCUUUGUGCUGGAGGUGUUGGACUCAAUCUCACUGGUGGGAAUCACCUCUUUCUCAUGGACAUGCACUGGAACCCAGCUUUGGAGGAUCAGGCGUGUGACAGAAUCUACAGAGUUGGACAAACUAAAGAUGUCACCAUCCACAGGUUUGAGUGUGAAGGCACAGUGGAGGAGAAAAUUUCCACGCUGCAGGUGAAGAAGAAAGAGCUGGCCCAGAAUGUGCUGUCAGGAACAGGAAGCACCUUGUCUAAACUCUCCCUGGCUGAUCUCAGAAUCAUUUUUGGCGUCUGAGAUGGGAGACAACUGAGGAUGCUGCACCACACUGUCAGAACCACAGACAGCUGUUCACACACAUUCAUAAUGCAGACUCCAAAUAUGAAAACCUAGUUAGACCGAGUUAAUAAAUGACUAUAUCUAAGCCUACUAGAGAGCUAAUUUCUCACCAUGUAAUGAUUCCUUUGUGUGGCCUGUCCUCAGUCAUAGUAUUUAAAUUUCUAGUAGUUGACUCAUUAAUGGAGUGAAGCAAACUUGUUUUUGCAUUUUUGUCAUCUGGUGAAGUUAUUUUGAUGUAAGUGUUGAUAUGUUUAAAUAAAUUCAGGUGAUUUAAGUUAUGAAAGUUAA